CCUCAAGUCCGACCAGACGUCGCCAGAGUGUCCAGACUCAAGGAACAGGGGUCAUUUACCUCAAGGAACUGAUCUGGAGAACAGCCUGGACACAAGUGAACGUCGCUCCUUUCCCCCCCCGGUUCCGACCUCUCAGCCUGCCUCCCGACUCCAGAAUAGCUCGACUCUGGUGUGUCCGACCAGCAGCUUAGUCUGACGUCUGUUUUCGAACGACCCUCCCUCCGUUUUCGAGAAAAGAUUCUUUGCAAAGAAGCUCCCGCCAUGUUCUUCCCAUCUGUAGCUAAGCUGCUGCUCGCAGCUGGCUUCGUCCACUCUGCUCUGGCCCACAACAUUCAGCUUCCCGCCCACGGCCGCGAGUGCUUCCAUGAGUCGCUGCACCGCGAUGAUAAGAUGACUGUCACCUUCCAGGUCGGCGACCGCGAGUUUGGCAGCGCCGGCAACCUGGACAUCGACUUCUGGAUCACGAACCCCCAGGGUCAGUACGAGACCUUUGAUAAGAGUGUUUCCAACGGCGACUUCUCCUUUGAUGCCAAGCACGACGGCAAGUACACCUACUGUUUCGGCAACGAGCACUGGGGCGCCCAUAGCAAGGAAGUCUCCUUCAACGUCCACGGCAUUGUCUACGUUAGCGAGACCGACGUCCCGGCCGACCCCCUCGAGACUGAAGUCCGUCACCUCUCCGAACUCCUUGCGCAGGUCAAGGACGAGCAAUCCUACAUCGUCAUCCGCGAGCGCACCCACCGUAACACCGCCGAGAGCACCAACAGCAGAGUCAAGUGGUGGAACCUUUUCGUUAUUGGUCUCGUCGUUGGAGAGUCCGUUUUCCAGGUGUGGUGGCUUCGCAGAUUUUUCGAGGUCAAAAGGGUGGUUUGAAAACAGUCGCCUCCGUUUCUUCUCAUUUCUCGGAUACCCGUGCUGGGGACGACAGGUCGAAGGCGCAAAAAAAGAUAGGGAUCCUGGGAGGGCGGGGUGCCGGAAAAGGACAUGAUCCCUAGGCCCUGUUGGUGAUGGAGGUUAACAUGUAUAGUUGAUCAUAAUCACACAUGAAUGACACGAACGAUUCUGAAUAUAAAAAGCCGGCUUAGCGCGCGACCGAACUGCUAUGGAUGCAUGUUAGACGAGAGCAGAUCUGGUUUCCACGAGGC